CCAAACAAACAAAUUUCCUGGGGUCCAAAGGCCACUUCUAUAAAAACUCACGCAGAUUCGCGAAACCCAUCGGCGCUGCUGCUCCUCGAUCGACAGAGGGAGCUCGCUCAUCUCUCUCGCCCCCCGCCGGCCGGUCUUCUCGCCCGGGGGCCCUCCCUCCGGAUCCUGGAUCGAUCGCCUGCUCUGCGCAUGGCGGCUCCCACUGCCAACGGCAAUCCCACUGUCAGCUCUCUUGCAACAACUGUUCCGGUUCAGGCAGUUCUGUUUGAUAUUGAUGGAACUCUCUGCGAUUCAGACCCACUCCAUCAUGUGGCUUUCCAAGAGUUGCUUCUUGAGAUUGGGUACAACAAUGGCGUGCCGAUAGAUGAUGAGUUCUUCAUCAAAAAUAUUGCUGGAAGGAGUGAUGCUGAGGCUGCCCAGAAUUUGUUCCCAGACUGGGAGCUUGAGAAGGGGCUCAAGUUCCUAGCGGAGAAGGAUGCUAAAUACAGAAGUUUGGCAAAAGAGCGCUUGGAACAUGUGAAAGGCCUUGGGAAAGUGGUUCAGUGGGUCAAGGAUCACGGCUACAAGCGUGCAGCAGUUACCAACGCCCCUAGGAUUAACGCAGAGCUCAUGAUCUCACUCCUUGGCCUCUCGGACUUCUUCCAGGCCAUUAUUAUCGGAGGUGAAUGUGAGCAGCCGAAGCCUGCCCCAUACCCGUACCUGAAGGCCCUCAAGGAGCUUCAGGUUUCUGCAGAACACACCUUCAUCUUUGAGGAUUCUGCUUCUGGCAUACGUGCUGGUGUUGCAGCAGGAAUGCCUGUCGUCGCCGUGGCGACGAGGAACCCUGAGAAAUCCCUUCUGGAAGCAGGAGCCAGCUUGCUGAUCAAGGACUAUGAGGACCCCAAGCUCUGGGCUGCGCUUGAGGAGAUCGACAGAGAGGAAGCUAAGCUAAAGAAGGCCAGCGCAUGAGAUGAGAUGACGAUGAACAGUUGAUUAGAUUUAUUAGCAAAUUAAUUUUACCCCGUGUUGCAGCUGAAGGAACGGCAAAGGGCUCAAUUGGGUAUAUUUUGACCUUCUAGUUUGGUAUUGUUUUUUUUUCUUGAUGAAUUGAGACCAAAUAAGAACUCAGAAAUCUUGCCGUGGGUGGUUAUGAUUGUUUGAUGGAUGGGACUCGCUCCGUGAAAAUGACAAAUCUGGUGGGUCUUGUUGUGUACCAUCUCUGAAUA